AGGGAGAGAAUGAGGCUGGGUAGCCGGGAAGGCAGCUAGCUGCGGAGGAGUUGAGCCAGCCGAGGGGCUCCCGCUGUGCCAGGCGGGCAGUGCCAAAUCCCUGGAGCCUAGAGCUGGGGGGAGGGCCGGGGACAACCCGGCCCUGCCCCCUUCCCGAGAGAGGUGCCCAUCAACUUCGGAAGAAAGUUUGGCAACGAUUGCUGUAGUGGUGUCCUGAGGAUGGGCAGGGUCCCGCUGGCCUGGUGCUUGGCGCUGUGGUGCUGGGGGUACGCGGCUCCUAAGGACACACAGACCGAGGCUGACAGUCUGUUUGUGGGGAACCCAGGGAAUAUCACCGGUGCCAGAGGACUCACAGGAACCCUUCGAUGUGAGCUCCAGGUUCAGGGGGAGCCCCCCGAGGUCAUGUGGCUUCGAGACGAACAGAUCUUAGAGCUGGCUGAUAACACCCAGACCCAGGUGCCCCUGGGGGAAGACUGGCAAGAUGAAUGGAAAGUCGUCAGUCAGCUCAGAAUCUCAUCCCUGCAGCUUGAAGAUGCAGGAAAGUACCAGUGUAUGGUGCACCUGGGAGGACGGACCUUCAUGUCUCAGCCGGGCUAUGUAGGGCUGGAAGGUCUCCCAUACUUUCUGGAGGAGCCUGAGGAUAAAGCUGUGCCAGCCAACACCCCCUUCAACCUAAGCUGCCAAGCCCAGGGACCGCCUGAACCCGUGAACCUAUUCUGGCUUCAAGAUGCUGUUCCCCUGGCCCCCGUCAUAGGCCACAGCUCUCAGCACAGGCUGCAAGCUCCAGGCCUGAACAAGACGUCUUCUUUCUCCUGUGAAGCCCACAAUGCCAAGGGCGUCACCACCUCCCGCACAGCUACUAUCACAGUGCUCCCCCAGAGGCCUCGCCAUCUCCACGUGGUUUCAAGACAUCCCACGGAGCUAGAGGUAGCUUGGACCCCUGGCCUGAGUGGCAUCUAUCCUCUUACCCACUGCAACCUGCAGGCUGUACUGUCAGACGAUGGGGUGGGCAUCUGGCUGGGAGAGCCAGAUCCUCCAGAAGAACCUCUCACGUUGCAAGUAUCUGUGCCCCCUCACCAGCUUCGGCUGGAAAAGCUCCUUCCUCAUACCCCAUAUCACAUCCGGGUAUCCUGCACCAGCAGCCAGGGCCCCUCGCCCUGGACCCAUUGGCUUCCUGUGGAGACCACGGAAGGAGUGCCCUUGGGCCCCCCUGAGAACGUUAGCGCCAUGCGGAAUGGGAGCCAGGCCCUCGUGCGUUGGCAGGAGCCAAGGGUGCCCCUGCAGGGAACCCUGUUAGGGUACCGGUUGGCAUAUCGAGGCCAGGACACCCCCGAGGUACUUAUGGACAUAGGACUAAAGCGAGAGGUGACCCUGAAACUUCGGGAGGACAGGCCUGUGGCUAACCUGACUGUGUCUGUGGCAGCCUAUACUUCUGCUGGGGAUGGGCCCUGGAGCCUUCCUGUGCCCCUGGAGCCCUGGCGCCCAGGGCAAGGACAGCCACUCCACCAUCUGGGUAAGGGCUUUUGUAUCCCCUCUCUUUCCCUCCCUUCAACAUGCAGUGAGGGUCACACGUACUUUCCACACUCCCUUCAUGCCUCCCAAGCAUGUUGCUCUAAUCCUCCACUUCAGGAGAGAAGCUCAGCUCGGGAGUGCACUGGUGCUUGCUUUUGUCCCCACUGGAAGGCUUCCACGUCGUCAUUCUGUUCAUCCCCCCCUUCUCCCUCUAGGGAGGUGUUCGAGCCAACAAUGGAAAGAGGUGAACUGGUAGUCAGGUAUCGUGUCCGAAAGUCCUACAGUCGCCGGACCACCGAAGCCACCUUGAACAGCCUGGGCAUCAGUGAAGAACUGAAGGAGAAACUACGAGAUGUCAUGGUAGACCGGCAUAAGGUGGCCUUGGGGAAGACCCUGGGUGAAGGAGAGUUUGGUGCUGUGAUGGAGGGCCAGCUCAACCAGGAUGACUCCAUCCUCAAGGUUGCUGUAAAGACAAUGAAAAUUGCCAUCUGCACAAGAUCAGAGCUAGAGGAUUUUCUGAGUGAAGCUGUCUGCAUGAAGGAAUUCGACCACCCCAACGUCAUGAGGCUCAUUGGUGUCUGUUUCCAGGGUUCUGACCGAGAAGGUUUCCCAGAACCUGUGGUCAUCUUGCCUUUCAUGAAACAUGGAGACCUACACAGUUUCCUCCUGUAUUCCCGGCUCGGGGACCAGCCAGUGUUUCUGCCCACUCAGAUGCUGGUGAAGUUCAUGGCCGACAUUGCCAGUGGAAUGGAGUACCUGAGUACCAAGAGAUUCAUACACCGGGACCUGGCCGCCAGGAACUGUAUGCUGAAUGAGAACAUGUCCGUGUGUGUAGCAGACUUCGGGCUUUCCAAGAAGAUAUACAACGGGGACUACUACCGCCAAGGGCGUAUCGCCAAGAUGCCAGUCAAGUGGAUUGCCAUUGAGAGUCUGGCAGAUCGAGUCUACACCAGCAAGAGUGAUGUGUGGUCCUUUGGCGUGACAAUGUGGGAAAUCGCCACCCGAGGCCAAACCCCCUAUCCAGGAGUGGAGAACAGUGAGAUUUACGACUACCUACGCCAAGGAAAUCGCCUGAAACAGCCAGUGGACUGCCUGGAUGGCCUGUAUGUCCUGAUGUCCCGGUGCUGGGAGCUAAACCCACGGGACCGGCCAAGUUUUACAGAGCUUCGGGAAGACCUGGAGAACACGUUGAAGGCUCUGCCCCCUGCUCAGGAGCCUGAUGAAAUCCUCUAUGUCAACAUGGAUGAGGGCGGAAGCCACCUUGAACCCCGCGGUGCUGCUGGAGGAGCUGACCCCUCAACCCACCCUGACCCAAAGGAUUCCUGUAGCUGUCUCACUGCAGCUGAAGUCCAUGCUGCUGGGCGCUACGUCCUCUGUCCUUCUACAGCUCCAGGACCCACUGUGUCUACUGACAGAGGCUUCCCAGCACCCCCAGGGCAGGAGGAUGGGGCUUGAGACAAUCUUCCACCUGGGACGCCCUCUCAAGAGCCAAGCUAGGCACUGCCACUGGGGGAACCUACCCCCACUUUGCCACUCCAGGCCUUCUCCCCAACUGCAGCAUGGCCUUCCAUCCCUUCUCAAAUUCUGCACAGAAAGGUGUGUUCUGCUUUCUGUGCCAUAGACAUCCCAUCCAUAGAAAGAAGGGUUGGGUUGCAGUCUUGGAAAAUUUAAGUCCCAGCAUUCUAAAGUCUAAGGUUAGAGACUAGAUUUCAAGGUUCUAGGUCCCAAAGAUGACUUAAGUGCUUGGGUCUAAGGAAUCAAGAUGCUGAUUUCUAGGUAUCAAGUGCUAUUUGUUGUAAACAUGGCCCACUGUUCAAAGGUUCUGAGAUUCUGUGACUCUAGAUUUUUCUGGUUCUAAAACAUCAUGCCCCCAUGGUUUUUCAGUUGCCCGACUCUGAGAGUACUGGAUCUAAGACCUUGUGGUUCUAGACUUUAUUUUUCUGGAGCCCGAGAUCCUAGGAGUGGAAGCUUCUAGAUUUUAAAAUUCUAAAGGUUCUAGGCAUGAAGGUUCUAAAGCAUACUGUUCUCAAAUUUAACAGCUCUUCAUGUUGUAAUACUCCAGAUCAUAAUGUUUCAAACUUUUAUUUUCUUAAUUUCUAAGAUUCCAGUAAUGAUCAAUUACAGCUUCUGAGGCAUUAUGAUUAUAGGUUCUUUUAUAUAAGAUCCCACAUCUCAAGGGAAUAAGACUCUAGAAUCUGAAAUCCAAAAGCUUUAAGAGUCUAGCUAAGUUUCUGAGGUAUGUGAUGAUAAUCUAGAAUGUGGUCCAAGAUUUCACACCAUAUGCUCCAAGAUUACAGUCAGUAAACUCUAAAGCUCUGAUGUUGGCCUGCUCUUGAUCUCAGGCACUAUAAGAUGCUGUGGGUCCAAGACUCUGGGUCCCAAGAGGCUCACAGUUAAUUGUGACUAACUAGACACCAAAGUCCUAACCAUUUCUAAUGCUGGGCACCUCUUGGUUCUGUGUUGCCUUCUGCCUUUCUAGCACUUAAUUAAAGGUUCAAGGAUACAUAUUUCUAAAAAUAUUAAGGAUCUAAGCACAGUAAUUUAGGAAUUCAAUGUUCUGAGGGUUUAAGGUUCACAGGUCUAGAAUAUUAGGUACGAUGCCAAGGUUGGAACCUUGCGGCAUUCUUCUCUCUAAGCCCUUUCCCUCCUUAGCCGCCUAUGCACCCUCCUCUCUUUGUGUGGGGUGUACCCACCUGAAGCCUGUGCAAUGCAUUGGGAAUGUCUUUCCUCUAAGGAAUGGACCAUCCCCCUCCUUUUGGGCCAUGUUGCCUCCUUGAGCCAGUCCCUCAUCCCUGUCUAACGUGUGGACUCUGGUGCUUCCAGAGAGGCUCAGAUCACAUAAAACUUUUGUCAAUCACU